AACAGGGGAGCGUGGGGCUUCUUUGAGGUGGGGAUACUGAGCCGACACUCGACGGCGACUUGGUACAGAGGGUCAUCGGAGGUCGGCGACCUGCUAAUGCAGGUUGCGUCCCAGAGAGUAACCGCCCCCGUCUCGUGUCUGGGAGGCAGAGAAUGUGGAACUCGGGAACUUCGCCAUCGCUCGGCUCGGCGUCGCUAGAAGGCAGAAAUUGGCAUUCGAUGAAUGCCCUUAAGGAUCUGCGCGGGACUGAUUCUCGACUAUGGGAUGUCUCCAGUUUUUCAGCUGUCGAAUUGCGAGCAGUUGCUCGUGGGGCAAAUGAGCAGCACGAUGUUUUGUUUGGUACAGUUUUCCUGAGAGCAGCAACAUGAGUUCUUCCAUUUGGAAUUGGUUUGUUCUUUUGACCGUAGCUUCUGUCGCAGCUUCUGAGGUGAGGGAAGUUCUCCAGGGAAAUGGAUCGGUUCAUGGAAGUGAGCAAAUCCAUGUCACUCCGCCAGGUGGAACGAAUGUCACAGAUCCUGUCCAUGGUCGUAGAGAUUCAGGUAAUGGGGAAGAGCCCACUAGAGGAUUUCGAGAGCCUGGAAGGCGAAGGCAUGCAAUUCCCACCAUGCCAAGUCCUUGGCCACCUCGGAAUACUGUGGUUGAAAAAUCGUGCCCAAGACCUAAGCGACAUCGUCGAUUCACCAAACAUGAUGAGGAUGUCAUCAAUGUAGCCUUGAAUGUGGAGUAUCUGCUGGCUGAGUUCUUUCUGCACGCCGCAUUUGGCCAGGGGUUGGAUGGAUUUGAUCCAGAGCUGAGCAACGCUGGCCCAGCACCAAUUGGUGGUGAAAAAGCUCAUCUCGGACACAGACUAGUGGAAAAAGUUGCUAAAGAAAGUGGGUUUCAAGGGAUGGGACACAUCAGGUUAAUUCGUAGCAAAUUGAAGGGCAAAGCGGUCCCCAGACCUCAGCUAGAUAUCAGUAGGAGCGUGUGGGCGCGAUUUCUCGCCCAAGCGUUGGAGCAAGAGCUAAUUCCUCCAUUCAACCCUUACAAUGACACUAUAAGCUUCCUUAUAGCAGCCCAAGUGUUACCGUAUGCUGCCUUGUCCGCGUACUUCGAUCAGAGUUCUCAUAUCGUUGGGCAAGAAGCGCAAAAGCUGUUGGGUGGUUUGCUGAGCAUCACCUCGGCACAGGAUGCAAUUCUGAGAACCCUACUUUAUCAGCACAGGGAAGAAACCCUUAAAACGUACAACCUGACGGUGGCUCAGAUUACAGACAAGAUAUCAACAUACUGCACCAGAUUAAUCCAAGAUCAGGAAAUGGAUGAAACAGUUUUUCUACCCUUCCAGCAACUUUCGGAGCAGAACCUCGUGGCCAGUAUCGUAACUGUCGAUAAGGAUUUUUUGCCACUAAGGCUUUCAACGAGGCAGGUACUCGGUCUUCUAUAUGGAAGCGGAAAUGCUUCUGUGCCUGGUGCGUUUUUUCCCCAGGGAGCUGUUGGUAAAAUUGCUGACAAGUUUCUUCGACAUUGAACAAGAUCGUAGGUUUGUUUCCUCGAACUUUAUUUUACUUCCUAGGAGGUUUGAAUCCAACCAGGUGAGACCACACGAGAUGGUAUUUUUUGAGAAUGAGCAAUACAUGGACGACGACCUAUUCCAAACUACUUUGUUCAUACUUACACGUAUCUCCAAUACUUGACUGGAUCCAGUAGCCUCACGAGUUUCAGUCGGUAGGGAUUGUGUAUUGUCUGCUAUGACCUUUCAGAAACUUUCAGUCUCCACUUCACACCAAGUUUCAUGUUUGUGAGCAGAACCGUGAAAAUUUUUGUACAAAUAAAUAUUUUUAUGACCUGCACUUUUACUUGGAUGUCCGCCGACGGUGUAUCGCCGCUGGUGUCAUAUAAGAGAGAACGAACAAUGGAAAUCUGCAAAAGUGACCUCUGUGUGAAAUGUGCUGACAGUUUGGUACCUGUAACCUGCGGUCAGCACGGACUACGCCUUCCUUGUCUGAACAAGCAAAUAAGUUUCUGGAAAACUGAACCUGAUUAAACUUCUUAAAAUGAAGCAGCAAUUGGGCCGUUGACUGUGGUA